AUCGUACUCAGUACAGUCGUCCUGUUGCCAGUUCUUAUUCGCACUCGAAGCGCGUGGAAGGUAAUCGCUAUCUCUUGUCCAUCAUCUAACCAGUCAUGGCUUCACGAUAUUUUACGAUCCACAUCGCACUCCUUACUGCUUUAACUCUCGCAAGUCUUUAUUCCAUAAGCAGUAGAUACUAUCAGCAGCAAGAAGUUAAUUCGCUACUGACGAUGACCUGCUACAACACAAGUACUUCAUCGAAAGUUGACAGCACCUCCAGGGAUGGCGCCUUCUACAGUGCUGCAGAUAUCGCUAAGCCGGACGAGGACUGGGGAAAGAAGACAUGUCCUGUGCGGGAGCUCAAUGACCUCAAUGACUUCUAUGAAUACAUCUUCACGAGGAGGGUUCCAUGUGAUUUCAAGAUGAUACUGGGAGGACGCCUGUUGGGUAAAAGUUCAAAGAUGGACGGUGAGAAGUGGGUGUGCAUGGACAAACAAUAUAACAUUUCUCCAAGGAAUUGUCUCGUAUUUUCUUUUGGAAUCGGUUCCGAUUGGUCUUUCGAGAACGAUGUCGAAAAUAAGCUGGGUUGUAAGGUGUUUGCUUUUGAUCCCACCAUCAACAAACGGAGCCAGAGGAUAACAGAGCUUAUAAGUUUCUUCAACCUCGGCAUUGGUGAUUCGAACAGGACUGCUCCUGAAUUCAAAGUAAAGACGAACAGUUACGGCAACAUCCUCAACGGGCUUGGUCACCUUAACAGCAUCGUUGAUAUCCUCAAAAUCGACGUAGAGGGUAGUGAACUCCGCUUCUUUAAAGAUGUCCUGGAGGGCACACCCAGUCUACUUAAAAAUGUGAAAUUUAUAGCAAUGGAGGUCCACAUUCAAGGAAAAAUCAGAGAAUUCUGGAAAUAUUUUCAAUUGUUGGAUUGUUUUGGCUUCAAGAUAUGGUACAGUGCCAUUAAUCCUUUCGUUGGCGGAAGUGUGGUGAAUGGCAGACAGCGCGGGUGCUGUUAUGAAAUAGUAUGGGUUCAAGACCGCAGCUGGUAACAUCCGUACCAUUUUCUUUGAUAUAUAUA